ACGAUGUGAAGGAUUUUAAUUAAUAGGGAGAGAAAUUCAGACCGACAUUUCUUCCUUUUGGUCUCUCUUUUAUAACACAUCCAUGACGAAUCGUCUUCAGGUUAUAAAGCACUCCUUAAUAACUUUGAAGCAGUUUCCUGUAAACGUAUUAUUCGUGUACAUUUCACGUGUGUCAAACAACACAAAUUGAAGAGGUGACACAGACACCAGGAGGACAAAUGAUGCGCAUUUUGUGUCUCGCCUGAAAAGUACGCAGAAACAUCAAUUCAUCAGACCCUGGGGUGUGUAAAAAGUUUUUCUAUCUUAUAUCAUUUGUCACCAGAACUUAUAAACCCGUACACAGUGCGAACAUUUGCGGGAAUGAGCGGAACGCUGACAGAUGACUGACCAAACACCAGUUGGUUGAAACGAUUAAAUAUUAGACGUUCGUCACUAAAGACGCGUAAAAGAACAUUGAUCUUCAGUGAUCCCUGGUGCGACUCUUUUUAGGCCAUAUAAAUUUCCAUGAAGUUGUCGCUCGCUCCUUACUCUCCAUAAAAUGAUAAAAACGACAACAUCAGUGAGUGACUCACUCAGAAAGGCACGAAGAUGCCAUAUCUUGCCAUAUAUAUAACAGGCUGACGCCCGUGGUUAUGGGAAACCUUGUGCCAAAUUGUGGGCCUACCCCCAUUAACAUUCAAUCAGUCAUUCUGGUGCCAGCCAAUGAAUGGUGGAGAGGGAUGGAGGAGGACGGAGCUGCUAGACUGAGCGUUUUGACGCGCUGAGAGGAGGACAGAGCGUCACAUCUCUCCAAACGCCCAUCAAACUUUCACCACAGCCUGUAGAGAGGACCCAGUCCUCUGAAAGAGGCCUGUUAGAGACAACGAGGACACGCUGGAUUCUGCUCACACGGCCGGACAGCGAUGGAGACAUUACUGGCGAUUACUUUUGGUUCAGUUUGACCCUGUUGUUCUUCCCCUUGAAAACAUCCUGUUCAGUUUUUGCGUCCUUUUUGCGACAAGGCGACGGGGAUGGAGCAAGCACCCAGCGCGCCGAGCCCUCCUCCAAAACCGGCCCAUCACGAGCCCAUCAGCUUCGGCAUCGACCAGAUCCUGGGAGCCGGUACGGAGCCAGAAAGCGGGCGCACGGCUGGAAGACAAAGUGGAUCCGAUUUAAGCAACGGGGACGCUUAUUACAGUUUAGGAAGCCCGACCGGGGCCAGCGCGCCCUCAUACACCGCGCUGUCUAUCUCCCUCUCCGGUAUAAUGCCUCCGGUGGAGGCUUCAGGUUCAUACGGGGAGAGCAGGAGUCUGGGCAGCCGGGGAGUGAUUCGAGUCCCGGCACACAGACCCAUGACAGCCCCGGGACCCCCGGCCCCCGUCCAGAGCGCUGUCCCUGGGUUUGGGGGGCUGUGCUUCCCUUGGAUAGGAAACAGGUUCGCCAAGGACAGAAUAUCAGCGGCUCUGGUGCCGUUCGCCGUUACGCGGCGGAUAGGACACCCGUACCAGAACCGGACACCGCCCAAACGGAAAAAGCCCCGCACGUCCUUCUCCAGAGUUCAGAUCUGCGAGCUGGAGAAACGCUUCCACCGGCAGAAGUACCUGGCCAGCGCCGAGCGGGCGGCCCUGGCCAAGAGUCUGAAGAUGACAGACGCACAGGUGAAAACCUGGUUCCAGAACCGCAGGACCAAGUGGAGGAGACAGACAGCCGAGGAGAGGGAGGCGGAGCGUCAGCAGGCCAAUCGUCUCAUCCUGCAGCUGCAGCAGUCCGCCCUCCAGAAGUCCCUCAGCGAAUCAGCGGUGUCGGAUCCACUGUGCGCCCAUAACUCCUCCCUGUACGCCCUGCAGAACCUCCAACCCUGGGCCGAGGAGAGGGAAUAAGAGACCAGACGCCAUGCUGUAAUCAAUAAGCAUCAGCUAUUAUCCCUGGGAGGAUAAAAAUCAAUUUAAUUAGGCCCUACAUGAGGACAGUGGGACUUACUUUUUUGAUCCAUGCAAUGGAUUUAAAAUUAAAAAAAAAAAAAAAGAAAGAAAGUUGGAGCAGAAAAACUGAAGAAGGGGUCACAGCCAUUUGAGUGGACGAGUGAGAAAAUGGACCUGAAGUGAUGGAGAUGGUGAGUGAUGCCUGAUUUGAAAGAGAAACAGAACUUUUCUUGGAAUAAAUCUUGCAGCUCUGUGCUUGGGAAGAGACUUUUUCAAAUUCAACAACAAAAAAAAAAGGAAACAGAACUUGUCAUUAAAAAAUUCUGUGAUUGUCCUCUAAUGCUUGUACUUAUUCUGUUUACUAGAAUAAGAGGGAGAAAUGUACCCCUUUGUCUUCUCUCUCAAGCAUCAGACACAUUGUUCAACACUUAGAAAGGGAAGAACACCAGCCAUAUAAAGGCAAGGCCUACAUCCCAACACCUAUACAAUAGAGUACUUGCAUACAAAUGUGAAAAUGUCUGUUUUAUUAAAAUACACACACAAAAAAAUGCAGAUAUGAAAGCUGCUCCAGAUAUUUUUCUUAACUGUUCUGGUGCUUAAACUUUCCUUCCAAUCUCAUUUAUAAAUGUACCCACUCCAGCUGCAAUGCACCACCACGGUCACCUGUCCGUCUCCAGGUGUGGUGCACCACCUCAGCCCAAGAAAAAGAUGCCUAAAAUGUUCCAUUAUGGGGGUAGAAAUGCUUUUGUUGCGCAGUAAUAAAAGGGAAAUAGAUGUCAGGAUAAGAGGGGGGAGAGAGGAAAAUAUUAAAGAGGCUGCAAGUUGGGUAAUAAAGGGAGUGAUGCAUGUUCAGUGAUGGUGGUGACAUUUUUUUUUCAUAUGCACAUUAUCAUGCUUUAUUUGUGUGUCCUUUGGGAAUCGGGGCACAAAUGUACAAUUCCUUUUGUACUUUCAUUGUAUAUGUGUAAAUAACAAUAUAAACUGUUCUUGUG